CCUCCUCCUCCUCCUCGCCUCCUCCUCCUCCUCCUCCUCCCUCCCUGCGCGCCGGCGGCGGCGGCGGAGCCGCGCUCCCUCCAUCCGCGCCCGCGGAGCCCCGCGCAGCCCCCGCAGGAACAAAUGCCAGCAUGACUAGGAUCUGAGGAAGCAUCUCCGUAUUCCUACCAGAAGUUCACGGGUGCAGAGGAGGGGUGCAAGGACAACAGGGACAUUUUGAGCUAAAAUGGAUAUCCCCACCGACUUGGUGCCGUCCUCCAUGAUGUCGCAACCUGAAGUGAUUGAGUCCACAGCCAUGAGUGAACCACAGUGCUACUACAAUGAAACCAUUGCCUUCUUUUACAACCGGAGUGGAAAAUAUCUAGCCACUGAAUGGAACACUGUCAGCAAGCUCGUAAUGGGCUUGGGGAUUACCGUCUGCAUCUUCAUCAUGCUGGCCAACCUCUUGGUUAUGGUGGCUAUUUAUGUCAACCGCCGAUUCCACUUUCCUAUUUAUUACUUAAUGGCCAACUUAGCUGCUGCGGACUUUUUUGCAGGGCUGGCCUACUUUUACUUAAUGUUUAACACAGGACCCAACACUAGAAGAUUGACUGUAAGCACCUGGCUUCUCCGUCAGGGUCUCAUUGACACUAGCCUGACGGCUUCGGUAGCCAAUCUGUUGGCCAUCGCUAUCGAGCGGCACAUUACAGUCUUUCGCAUGCAGCUACAUACUCGGAUGAGCAACCGGCGAGUGGUGGUGGUAAUUGUUGUUAUCUGGACUAUGGCCAUCGUAAUGGGCGCCAUACCAAGUGUCGGAUGGAACUGUAUUUGUGAUAUCACUCACUGCUCCAACAUGGCACCGCUCUAUAGUGACUCCUACCUGGUCUUCUGGGCUAUUUUCAACUUGGUCACUUUCGUGGUCAUGGUGGUCCUAUACGCUCAUAUCUUUGGGUAUGUCCGCCAAAGGACUAUGAGAAUGUCCAGACACAGUUCUGGACCCCGCAGGAAUCGGGACACGAUGAUGAGCCUCCUGAAGACUGUGGUCAUUGUGCUUGGUGCUUUCAUCAUCUGCUGGACCCCGGGAUUAGUCUUGCUGCUCCUCGACGUCUGCUGCCCGCAGUGCAACGUCCUGGCCUACGAGAAGUUCUUCCUGCUCCUGGCUGAGUUCAACUCCGCCAUGAACCCCAUCAUCUACUCCUACCGGGACAAGGAGAUGAGCGCGACCUUCAAGCAGAUCCUCUGCUGCCAGCGCAGCGACAACGCCAACGGCCCCACCGAAGGCUCGGACCGCUCAGCGUCCUCGCUCAACCACACCAUCCUGGCCGGCGUCCACAGCAAUGACCACUCGGUGGUGUAAAGCCCCCCGCCAGCCAGCCUCACGGCUGAUGAAGCCACCCCGGGGAGGUAACCCACUCGUAAAGGUGAUUUUUUUGUUGUUUUUUUGUUUUGUUUUCCUCAAACACUAAUAGACUACGAGCGCUUCUCUUCCAGGCAGCCCAGCACAGCAGCGGGUGCCGGGACCGGCUGUGCUGCUAGGCCUUUGCCUUCUGCUCACAGAAGGUGGGAAGCAGAUGCCUUGCAGCCACGCUCACCCCUGGGAAGCCUCGCUGAGACUUCGUCAGCCCUCAUGGCGUCUUGGUGCCAGUCUGAAUCAACUCUGAUUAAUUAAGCUUAUACCUGCUUCACUGCAUUUACAUGUAGCCACUUAGUCUUUUUAAAAAGGGAGUAAAGGGGAUAAAAGUAUGCCUUUCAUUUAAUAGACAUGUAAUAUUUAUCACCAUCAGCAUGCUUUUGAUGAACAUUUUCUGUGCAGGGAGUAAAACUGUGCUCUAGUCUUCGUAUCCUUAGCCACACUGCCGUAACUACAGUAAAAAAAAAAAAAGUAUUUUUUCUAAUACAGGCAACAGGAAGAUGAUGGAAACUGACUCUUCUUACCUUCAUUACUGGUGUUAGAGAGCAUGCAUGUUCUGUGUGUAUGCAGAUUGUUUUAAUUAUGGGAAGAAAAAAAAAAAAAGCUCGUUGUAAAGUCUGCAAGAAAGUAGAAAAGCAUAGACUGUAUUCCAGUGUUUGUUUAGAUUAUGAAAUAAACAAUACUCUAGUCACAAGGUAUUUAAUGUUCUUCUUUGAAGUGUGGUAUGAAAUGUGUAAUGUGUGAGGGGUCCCAAGUUUUUCAGGGUCAAGUUCUUAGAGUAGGACACAUCUCUAGGGCUCUUCAAGGGCUACAGACAUAUUGGUAAGUUAAAAAAAAAAGACGUAUUUUUGCUGUUGGAAUGCUUUUCUCAUUUGUUAUGGAAAGAAAUGGGAUUUUUAACAUGAAAAAAAAUAUAUAUGUACUUUAAAAAAAAUACUUUUCUUCUAAUAAGAAACCCAACAACUUCUGUGUUUUGCACUGAGAAAUAUUUGUAGGGUAUCUUCUAAAUUAUUUACCCUACAUUUUGAAAGCAGUGGGCUACUAAGAAUGAAGGUACAAUUUUAUUUAGUAAAGACAAGACCAAAUAUGCAGCAGUCUAUUGCAAAUGACUGAACCAUUCCAUAUAUAAUAGUCACAUAUGCACAUUGCUAUGAAAAGCUAAGCUGACAGAUGGAUUUUUUCAUAUGUAGCUGUUUCAAAGAGAAAUACCACUAAUGUGAAUUUCACUUCCCAAGAAUCAGUGAUGUUAAUCAAAAUUUCUUGACAGGAACAAACAUUAGCAAAGAUGGGAUCUUGAAGACAAAGAACUUGGGACCUUCCUCUGGGAAACUGUGUGUUCUCCUAACGAUGUAAAAUAUAUCAACAGUAAAUUUCUAAGACCGUUUUCCUUAUAGUAAUAUGUCUCUAUAGCAAAAAAAAAAAAAAAAAAAAAAAAAAGGUAAAAAAUGUGAGGUGUAUCAGUCAAUGUAAUGUA